UGACUUUUGUGAACAACUGCAGACAAUCUAGAUCGCUGACCGGGCGACCGACCUUCCUGAGCAGCUGUGCUUGGCGGACACCGGACAGGCAUGGCGGCGGAGGGGAGGAAGAAGGGCGUGCCGGCGCUGGGGUGGUGGCUGAUGCUGGUCGGUUCCCUCCGCCUCGCCUCCGUCUGGUUCGGCUUCUUCGACAUCUGGGCGCUCCGCGUCGCCGUCUUCUCCCAGACUGAGAUGACUGAUGUUCAUGGCCGCACUUUUGGUGUCUGGACUCUUCUGACCUGCACAUUGUGCUUCCUCUGCGCACUGAACCUGGAAAAUAGGCCUCUGUAUCUGGCCACCUUCCUAUCAUUUAUCUAUGCUCUUGGUCAUUUCCUCACGGAAUACUUGAUAUAUCACACCAUGGCUGCAGCAAAUCUGAGCACAGUUGGCUUCUUUGCAGGAACGUCAAUCAUAUGGAUGCUUCUUCAGUGGAAUCAUCAUGUGAAUCAGAAUCACCGUGGCGCCCAAGCUGUGAAGCAGUCAUGAGUUGUGCUUUGGGCCGUUAGAUUGAUGUGGUCUGUGGGGAGGAAGGAUACCUUGGAGAAACUAUGUCAGAAAGCCCCAUUCGUACUUCAUUUUUUCAUCAUGUUAUUUCUUUGCAUGAAACAUUUGCCCAACUGAGUAGGCAAUGGAAAUUCAAAUUAUUUCCGCCACUGAAUGGAAGGCUAAGAGAGGAUUCCAAUGUCCAAACACUGUAAACAAUCCGGCGGACCUGGUAAACAGAUAGGCACUCAAAUAGUCACCUGUUGAGAGCUGAGAUGCCAGUAAGGGAGGUAUAUACAUGUACCAAGGGUGCGUCUAGUCUUUCUUUGAUAUUUUUGUCGUGUACAUUAUCACAGUACGGUCAAUAAAAUCAUCCUUGACAGCUUUGUAUGAGCCUUCAUCAUGCCA